CUUGGUGGAUGGAGGAUCAAAGAUGUCGGUUAAAGGGGUAGGAUCGAAAGGGUUUUAUUUUAACACAGUAUUAUCACUUGCUCGGUCUUUGGCAGCGCAUCAUCUAGCCCCAGAUGACAAGGUUCAGAAACUGCAAUGUAUGUGCCCAGUGGACUUUCGAGGCGUCUUCCAGUUGGACGAGCGGCGUAGAGAUGCCGUGAUCGCUUUGGGCAUCUUUCUGGUGGAGUCGGAUUUGCAGCACAAAGACAAAAUCGUUCCGUAUCUGCUCGGCUUGCUGAAGGGAUUACCUCGCGUGCAAUGGAUCGAGGAGAGCGCCGAAAGGAAACCUAGGGAAACCCUCCCCAUUGCGGAGAAUUUUUGCUUUUGCCUGGUGACCCUACUCUCAGAUGUGGCCCAGAGAGAUGAGACCUUACGAAACCAGAUUCUGGAAGCCAUCAUGGAUGCCAUGCAAGUCCUGCUGGAAAUGUGUCAGGCACCAGAGAGUCAUGAUAAAGAAUACCUGUGUAGGUAUACCGUGCCCAGUUUGCUGGGCGUGGCGCGAGCUUUUGGACGCUACAGCAACACGGAGGAGCCGCUGCUGUCUAGGCUCUUCCCCCGGGGGGUGGGGCAGGCCGUGCUCGUGGCCGACGAGGUGGAUGGCGUGCGCCGGCGCUCCUUCAACGACUUCCGCUCCAUCCUGCCCAGCUCCCUGCUCACGGUCUGCCAGGGCGACACGCUCCGGCGCAAGACCAGCAGCGUGUCCAGCAUGUCCCAGCAGGCUAGUCCAGAACGUGGAGGUUUCCCACCUGGCUCACCAGCUGAAUCAUCUGCCCAGUACUUUGAAGGCUCAUAUCUCCCCGAUGGCAGUGCUGUGGACCCUGACUACUACUUCUGCACCAUCAGCUCCAGUUUCUCUGUGUCUCCUCUCUUCACGGGCAGCAGUGGGAAGGAGUUCAGCAUGCCUCUGGACAUGCUGCGACUUCUGUUGCACAUGGUUGAAAAGUUUGUGGCAGAAUCUUUUUUGAAAACUCUGGAUGUAACCAUGGCUGAAGUUUUGGAGGUUAAUCCCACUAUUGAUCUGUACUACAAAACAUUCAGCGACCCCUUGUAUGUGGCCAUGUUUAAAAUGCUGAGGGACACAUUGUAUUAUAUGAAAGACCUGCAGAUUUCCUUUGUAAAGGAGGUGCACGACUUUGUGCUGGAGCAGUUCAGCAGCAGCCAAUCAGAGCUGCAGAAGAUCCUGCACGAUGUGGAGCGGGUGCACGGAGAGCUGAGCCCGCUGAAGCUGCGUUGCCAGGCCAACGCUGCCUGUGUGGAUCUCAUGGUGUGGGCCGUCACGGAAGAGCAAGGCGCUGAGAAUCUUUGCGUCAAACUGUCAGAGAAGCUUCAGUCCAAGACCUCCAGCAAAGUCAUCAUCGCACACAUGCCACUGCUCAUCUGCUGUCUUCAGGGCCUGGGACGGCUGUGCGAGCGCUUCCCUGUGGUGGCCCACUCCGUCACCAUGUCUCUCAGGGACUUCCUGGUAGUUCCCUCCCCUGUGCUGGUCAAACUCUACAAGUACCACAGCCAGUACAGCACAGGAACCGGGGAGAUCAAGAUCAGCGUGACCAAUGAGCACUCACAGUCUCUCAGCAUGCUGUCCAAUAAGAAGGGCCAGCCCUCCUUGUACGAGCAGCUGAGGGACAUCUCCAUCGACAACAUCUGCCGGUGUCUGAAAGCAGGGCUGACCAUGGAUUCUGUGAUCGUGGAGGCCUUCCUGGCCAGCCUUUCCAACCGCCUCUACAUCUCCCAGGAGAAUGACAAGGACGCCCACCUGAUCCCGGACCACACCAUCCGGGCGUUGGGUCACAUCGCGGUGGCCCUGCGGGACACGCCCCGGGUGAUGGAGCCCAUCCUGCAGAUCCUGCAGCAGAAGUUCUGCCAGCCGCCCUCCCAGCUGGAUGUGCUCAUCAUCGACCAGCUGGGCUGCAUGGUCAUCACCGGCAACCAAUACAUUUACCAGGAAGUGUGGAACCUGUUUCAGCAGAUCAGUGUCAAAGCCAGCUCAAUGGUGUACUCCACCAAGGACUACAAGGACCAUGGCUACAGACACUGCUCCCUGGCUGUCAUCAACGCGCUGGCCAACAUCGCCGCCAACCUGCAGGCGGAGCAGAUGGUGGACGAGCUGCUGGUCAACCUGCUGGAGCUGUUCGUGCAGCUGGGCCUGGAGGGCAAGAGAGCCAGCGAGAGGGCCAGCGAGAAGGGCCCCGCGCUCAAGGCUUCAAGCAGUGCUGGUAAUCUAGGAGUGCUCAUUCCAGUCAUUGCUGUGCUAACCAGACGGCUGCCACCAAUCAAGGAGGCCAAGCCCAGGCUGCAGAAGCUCUUCCGGGAUUUCUGGCUCUACUCUGUGGUGAUGGGCUUUGCCGUGGAGGGCUCAGGGCUGUGGCCAGAGGAAUGGUAUGAGGGGGUGUGCGAGAUCGCCACCAAAUCGCCCCUGCUGACAUUCCCCAGUGGGGAGCCCCUGCGCUCCGAGCUGCAGUACAACUCCGCCCUCAAAAAUGACACCGUUACCCCGGCUGAGCUGAAUGACCUGAGAAGCACCAUCAUUAAUCUCCUAGACCCUCCACCUGAAGUGGCCGCCCUGGUCAACAAGCUGGACUUUGCCAUGUCCACCUAUCUACUGUCUGUCUAUCGGCUUGAGUACAUGAGGGUGCUGCGGUCGUUGGAUGCUGACCGUUUCCAGGUGAUGUUCCGCUAUUUUGAAGACAAAGCCAUACAGAAAGACAAAUCAGGGAUGAUGCAGUGUGUGAUUGUGGUUGGAGACAAGGUGUUUGAAGUCUUCCUCCAGAUGAUGGCUGACAAGCCCAAAACCAAAGAGCAUGAGGAGGAGCUGGAACGCCAUGCCCAGUUCUUGCUAGUCAACUUUAACCACACCCACAAGAGGAUUCGCAGGGUGGCUGACAAGUACCUGUCUGGGCUGGCCGAAACUUUCCCUCACCUGCUGUGGAGUGGCCGCGUCCUCAAGACCAUGCUGGACAUCCUGCAGACUCUGUCCCUCUCUCUCAGUGCCGACAUCCACAAGGACCAGCCAUACUAUGACAUUCCAGACACUCCUCAUAGGAUCACCGUUCCUGACACAUAUGAAGCCAGAGAGAGUAUUGUGAAGGACUUCGCUGCACGCUGUGGGGAGAUCCUGAAGGAAGCCAUGAAAUGGGCCCCCUCCGUCACCAAGUCUCACCUUCAGGAGUACCUAAACAAACACCAGAACUGGGUUUCGGGCCUGUCCCAGCACACGGGCCUUGCUAUGGCCACCGAGAGCAUCCUGCACUUCGCUGGGUACAACCGCCAGAGCACCUCGCUGGGAGCCACACAGUUGACAGAGCGGCCGACUUGCGUCAAGAAGGAUUAUUCCAACUUCAUGGCCUCCCUCAAUCUCCGAAACCGCUAUGCGGGGGAGGUAGCGGGGAUGAUCAACGUUUCUGCAGCUACACGGAGCACCUUGGACCUGAGCAGGCUGAUGAUUGGUCAGAUGAAGGAGGCUCUGGACAGCGGACAGCCUGAGGCCUUCACCCAGGCUAUGUUCAAGCUCGCUGCUCUGCUUAUCAGCUCCGAAGACACUGACCCGCAGCUCCUCCACCACCUGUGCUGGUCACCGCUGAAGAUGUUCACCGAGCACGGCAUGGAGACCGCCAUCGCUUGCUGGGAGUGGCUCCUGGCUGCUAGGGAGGGCUUGGAAGUCCCGUUCAUGCGUGAGAUGGCGGGGGCGUGGCAGAUGACAGUGGAGCUGAAGAUGGGCCUGUUCUCGGAGACCCCAGUGGAGGCUGACCCCCUGGCCGCCUCGGAGGAGAGCCAGCCCAUGCCAUGCCCCCCGGAUGUCACGCCCCACUUCAUCUGGAUUGAGUUCCUGGUGCAGCGUUUCGAGAUCGCCAAGUACUGUAGCGCGGACCAGGUAGAAAUCUUUGGCAGCCUCCUGCAGAGGUCCCUGUCCCUCAACGUGGGGGGCCCCAAAAGCAGCCUGAACCGGCACGUGGCAGCCAUCGGGCCCCGCUUCAGGCUACUCACUUUGGGUCUGGCCCUCCUCCACUCGGAUGUGGUCACAAACUCCACCAUCCGGAAUGUCCUUCGAGAGAAGAUCUAUUCCACUGCCUUUGAUUACUUCAGCGUAUCCUCCAAGUUCCCCACCCAGGGAGACAAGCACCUCCGCGAGGACAUCAGUAUCAUGACCAGGUUUUACGCCAGUAUCCUGUCAGACAAAAAGUACCUUACCGCCAACCAGCUCGUGCCACCCGGUGAGCCUGGCGCCAAUCCCCCUCAAAGCUCCUUAUCCGCCGGGAUUUUCGGAUCUCUUAUCGUUUCCAGCACUUCUCCGAUAUCAAUCUUAAACCCCCAAGACCCAACCAUGAACAGCCUGUCUGUGGUGCCGGGGGCCGACCCCAGGGGGAACGUGGAUGCAGGGUCGCGGCAGCAGGGCGCUCAGGGCUGGAUCAACACCUACCCUCUGUCCAGCGGCGUGUCCACCAUCUCCAAGAAGUCAGGAAUGUCGAAGAAAAGCAACAGAGGGACACAGCUCCAUAAGUACUACAUGAAACGCAGGACCUUGCUGCUGGCUUUGCUUGCCAGCGAGAUCGAGCGUCUAACCACCUGGUACAAUCCCCUGUCCACCCAAGAGCUGGGCAUUUCUACAGAGCAGUCAGUAGAGACCAGCAUCGCCAACUGGAGGUCCAAGUAUAUCAAUCUGAGUGAGAAACAGUGGAAAGACAAUGUCAAUCUGGCCUGGAGCAUCUCCCCCUACCUGGCCAUGCAGCUACCUCCCAGAUUUAAAAAUGCAGAGUCCAUUGUGGCUGAGGUGACGCGCCUGGUGCGGUUGGACCCGGGUGCAGUCAGUGACGUUCCAGAGGCGGUCAAGUUCCUGGUCACCUGGCACACCAUCGAUGCAGACUCCCCUGAAUUGAGUCACAUCCUGUGCUGGGCCCCCGCUGACCCCCCAACAGGCCUCUCCUACUUCUCCAGCAUGUACCCUCCACACCCCCUCACCGCCCAGUACGGCGUCAAAGUGCUACGCUCCUUCCCACCCGAUGCCAUUUUAUUCUACAUUCCUCAGAUUGUCCAAGCUCUACGAUACGACAAGAUGGGAUACGUGCGUGAGUACAUUCUUUGGGCGGCCCAGAAAUCCCAGCUCCUUGCCCACCAGUUCAUCUGGAACAUGAAGACCAACAUCUACCUGGAUGAGGAGGGCCAUCAGAAAGACCCUGACAUUGGCGAGCUGCUGGAGCAAAUGGUGGAGGAGAUUACUGGAUCCCUGUCAGGGCCAGCCAAAGACUUUUACCAGCGCGAGUUUGACUUCUUCAACAAGAUCACCAACGUCUCUGCCAUCAUCAAGCCCACCCCUAAAGGUGAUGAGAGAAAGAGGGCGUGUCUGAAAGCACUGUCUGAUAUUAAAGUACAGCCAGGCUGUUAUUUACCCAGCAACCCUGAGGCCAUUGUGCUGGACAUUGAUUACAAGUCUGGAACACCCAUGCAGAGUGCUGCGAAAGCCCCAUACCUGGCCAAGUUCAAAGUCAAGCGCUGUGGCGUUAGCGAGCUGGAGAAAGAAGGGCUCCGUUGCCAGUCUGACUCCUUGGAAGAGGGGGAGGAGAGCGGCGAGGGCAGCCGCAAGGUCUGCUGGCAGGCGGCCAUCUUUAAAGUGGGAGACGACUGCAGACAGGACAUGCUAGCUCUGCAGAUCAUCGGCCUGUUCAAGAAUAUCUUUCAGCUGGUGGGCCUGGACCUCUUUGUGUUCCCAUACCGAGUGGUGGCCACUGCCCCAGGGUGCGGCGUCAUCGAAUGCAUCCCGGACUGUAAGUCUCGGGACCAGCUGGGCCGACAGACGGACUUUGGGAUGUAUGACUACUUCAGGAACCAGUAUGGAGAUGAGUCCACGCUGGCGUUCCAGAAGGCUCGCUACAACUUCAUCCGCAGCAUGGCGGCCUACAGCCUGCUGCUGUUCCUGCUGCAGAUCAAAGACCGGCACAACGGCAACAUCAUGCUGGACAGCAAGGGCCACCUCAUCCACAUCGAUUUCGGCUUCAUGUUCGAGAGCUCUCCUGGUGGAAACCUGGGCUGGGAGCCAGACAUCAAGUUGACAGAUGAGAUGGUGAUGAUUAUGGGUGGGAAGAUGGAGGCCACUCCGUUCAAAUGGUUCAUGGAGAUGUGUGUGCGGGGCUACCUGGCUGUCAGGCCCUACAUGGAUGCGGUCGUCUCCCUGGUGACCCUGAUGCUGGACACGGGGCUGCCGUGCUUCAGAGGACAGACAAUAAAGCUGCUCAAGCAGAGGUUCAACCCCAAUAUGAGUGAGAAGGAGGCUGCUGCAUUCAUCAUCAAAAUCAUUCAGAGCUGCUUCCUCAGCAGCAGGAGCAAAACAUAUGACAUGCUCCAGUACUACCAGAACCAGAUCCCAUACUGAGAGAAGGCAAAAAAAGAGUCCCUCCUUCUUCCACCGCCCCCUCUCCACCCAUCUCCACCCCCGUGCCCCCACCACAUCCUUUGUGUUUUUGAAAUCAAGGUCACUUUGCUAUACUUCGAUGAUGUGCACUUUAUAUACUUCGUGCUUCCCAGAUCUCAGUUAGCCCUGACCUAGAAUGAAAACCCUCCACUGGGUUUGUCCACUGGUUCCUUUAGUUCAGGGCUAAUCUCUCUGUGAAGUAUUCAGUACCCCUGAGGUGUUUACUGUAGUGAGUCUGUGUGUCUCGUACAGGGGUAUUUUUAAGAGAUGUUGUCCUGCUGUUUGUUUUAAACUUACUGUUGAAUUUUAUUUCUCUUUUAUGUCUACAUGUGUGUUUUGGAGCACAGGUUUCUGUAUACAAAGAGAUUUUAUUCUUACUUGAAAUUUCAGGAUUGGGUCUAGUUUGUGUUACCCAAAAAGCCAUUUCUAUGACCAUGGCACAGACAGUACUGUUGUGCCACAUAUAUCCUGAAACAGUUAAAUGUUAUGCAAAGUAUUGACCUUUAAAUGCUGUUUUUUCCUGAUUAAAUGUAAAUG